GGGAUCAUCCUGUUUGUGGCAUCUUCCUGGAUCUCCGAUUGCAUCUGAGUUAUUUGUUUGGGUCGUUUGAUGGACUUCGAGCAACCAGAUUGGUACGGAAACAGGAGGGGCUACCAGCGGGCGGGGCCGUCUCAGGUUCCAGACAGAAGCAACACGGUAUGCUUCCACUGGCAGGCGGGGCGAUGCAGCCGUCACCCGUGUCCCUUUCUCCAUAGCGACCCACCGCAGACCGUGCUCGCCGAUGGCGCUGCCAAGCGGGGGCACUUGCAAGGCCACGUGUCUAGAAAUAUUGCCUCUGCGGGUGCGCCGCCAUCCAAGUGGGGUAAGGGUCGAGCGGGUGGCAAGGCUCCCGACAAAAUCUGCAAUUACUUCCUCGCUGGAAAUUGUAGUUUCGGAGAUAAGUGUAGGUUCCUGCAUUCGUGGUUCAUGAGCGAUAGCUUCUCUCUCUUGACCCAACUCCAGGGGCAUCAAAAGGUAGUGACUGGUAUCGCUCUGCCUUCAGGGUCUGAUAAACUCUACUCUUGUAGCAAGGAUGAGUCUGUUCGUGUUUGGGAUACUCAAACUGGGAAGUGCGUUGGAGCCAUCAAUAUGGGAGGUGAGGUUGGAUGUAUGACCAGUGAAGGUCCUUGGUUAUUUAUUGGAGUUGUGAAUGCUGUCAAGGCAUGGAACACACAAACAACAACAGAACAAGGCCUUGAUGGCCCUGUCGGACAAGUUUACGCUUUGACCGUUGGUAAUGGUAUGCUAUUUGCUGGAACACAGGAUGCACGAAUAUUGGUGUGGAAAUUUAGUGCUGCUGGGAAUGUCUUUGAACCAGCUACUUCUCUUUCUGAUCAUCGGCAUGCAAUACUUUCUCUAGUUGCAGGGGCCAUGAAGCUUUACUCAGUUGACAUACCAACUAGGCCUAAAAUGGAGGAAUGGAUGUUUGAGCUAUGUAAAUUCAAAGUGGCGUCAUCCAGUGUUUUAUGUGAUGACGAUGAGAUAAACAGAGUCAUCCUCUGGAAGAGAGGGCGGCUCAACAAAGCUGGGGAAUUUAUUGGCGAUGAGUUGAAGCAAACAGGAAAAACAGUGAUGUUGUUAUUGUAG